UCAAAAGCUCCAACUAUGGCUAAAAUAAGGCUAAGGUUGACUGAAAACGAAGUGUCCACCAAUGGUAGGACUGGGGCUGUUGCAUGGUUGAUCGAGGGUAUCAACAUAGAAAAUACUCAAGAUGGCCUACAUUCUUCUAUAAGACAACUGCCAGAGGAUCCAACUGCUUCUCAGAGAACUCUGAUGGAAGAAAAAAGGCAGAAGCUCUUGUCUCGCAUUAAUAAGUUCCACGAGACUGCAUUGGUUAUGACAAAUGGGAUGGAAUUGGAAGAGGGAGAGGGAUUGCACCAGGAUGACCCUGAACUGUGCCUGGAGGAG